CCUCGAGACCUUCUCGAGCUUCAAUUAGACCGAUUGUCUCCUCAAGAUGGGCUCCUCAACAUCCAAAGCUGCAAAAUCAGCAAGCAAACUCUCCGCCACGAACACAGCACGCACAUACCCCACACGCUCCCCUCCUCCUUCAUCAAAUACAACAAAUGCACAAACCUCACGACCGACUCCAGAUGCGAGAUUAGGUCCAACAGUACAUCCCGAAUCAACAGCUACUGAUUCGCGGGACCAAUCAAUACCCCCCUCCUCCUCCGACCCAGACCUCUCCCUCAACGCCCGCCUCCGCACCCUCGGCCCCGUCCAACCAAACCCCACACUAUCAAACUCCUCAACCUACACCUUCGCCCGCUCUCCACCACUCACACACUCCGACCGUCCCUCCACCAACUCAUCCACCUCACAAACACACACGGAUCCCAGCCUCACACACACGCAAUUCCAGCCCUCGGCCUCGAACCCCGCACAGAGCAUAUUCCCCGGCCGAGGGAGAGAAAACCCGGCUAUAAGUCUGCUGACGGCGCGGUAUCGGCUAGCGGAGGAGGCGGAGCGGGAGUUUGCGGCGUUGGGGAAGAAAGGGAGUGCGGGGAGGGGGUUCGUGGAUGUGCAGACGUUGAGGCAGGUUCUUGUUUUGAGGGGGGAGGGGAUGGGGGGUGCGGAGAUUGAGGGGAGAUUGGGGUUGAAGGCUGGGGUUGUGGGCAGGUUGGGG